AAUACGAAAUACACGUAACCCACCUGAGUAGCUUCUGAAGAGACUCAUUCAGUUUCUAGUAUCUGUUGAGAACGAGUGUGCCUCACCAUGCAGGAAAAAUACCCUGAAACUUUUACAAAUUGUGUAGGCCGAAAGCCCGAAAUCUCAAUUGUGGGUGGUGGUCUUGUAGGUUCCCUUUUGGCCCUGCAUUUAGGUCAGAAGGGCUACCAAGUGAAUUUAUAUGAAUAUCGCGAUGAUAUCCGAACUACGGAACUUAUUGGUGGACGCAGUAUUAAUCUUGCUUUAUCUGCUCGUGGAAGGAAAGCCCUGGCCAAGGUGGGCCUGGAGGAAGCUAUCCUGGAACAUGGAAUUCCCAUGCGAGGACGGAUGCUGCAUGAUCUCAAUGGGAGACGCAGAAUUGUUCCGUAUGAUAAGAAUAACCAACAGUGCAUUUUCUCCGUUGGCCGGAAACACUUGAAUGAAAUUCUUCUGAAUGCAUCUGAACGCUAUCCCAACAUCCAUCUCAACUUCAACCAUAAACUGAUUGAUAUGCACGUGGAAGAUACUCAGAUGACCUUCAAGAACCCUAAGACAAAGGAAGUAAUGGAUGUCUCAACAGACCUUAUAAUCGGUUGCGACGGAGCUUUUUCAGCGGUAAGACGCCACAUGAUCACCCGUCCUGGAUUCGAUUUCAGUCAAACCUACAUCGAACAUGGAUACUUGGAACUCUGCAUUCCUCCAACUGCUUCAGGGGACUUUGCGAUGCCGCACAAUUAUCUACACAUUUGGCCUCGUGGAAAAUUCAUGAUGAUUGCAUUGCCUAAUCAAGAUAGAUCUUGGACAGUAACGCUCUUCAUGCCAUUUGCUAAUUUUGAAAUGCUUAAAACUUCUACGGAUUUAUUGGAGUUCUUCAGGAAGUACUUCCCAGAUUCAAUAGAAUUGAUUGGGGAAGAGAAGUUAAUGAAGGAUUUCUUCAGGAUCAAACCUCAAAGCCUUGUAAUGAUUAAGUGUCGCCCCUACAAUAUUUCUGACAAAGUACUACUGAUGGGAGAUGCGGCUCAUGCUAUGGUACCCUUCUACGGUCAAGGAAUGAAUGCUGGCUUUGAGGACUGUUCCAUCUUCAGCGAAAUUCUAGAUUGUCCAUCAAUGGAAAUUGCUGAUGCUAUCACUGAGUUUUCAGCCAAGCGCUGGGAGGAUGCUUUUGCAAUCUGCGACCUUGCCAUGUACAACUACAUUGAAAUGCGCGAUCUGGUUAACCGCAGUAGUUUCCUCUGGCGCAAGAGACUCGAUGACUUCCUCUUCUGGUUGAUGCCCAACAUCUGGGUACCCCUAUACAACACAGUCUCCUUCUCCCAUAUGCCCUACCGCAAGUGCAUUCAGAACCGUGAAUGGCAGAACAGAAUCCUCAGUAGGAUCCUGGUAAUUUUGGGAACAUUUGGACUAGCAGGACUUGUAGCCGGUAUUGGGAUUGUUUUGCGUUCAUAAAGCCAAGAGUGUACAAGAUAAGUUAAAUAAAGACACUAGAUGGCAUGAGAAACCCCAAAAAACUUUGGAUGUUCUGGCAAGUGCGUGAGUUUCUGGUAUGUUUCGUGUAUGGAGGGUAUUUUUAGUUAGUCGAUCCAUCACGAAUGGUCGAGAGCAACAAGUCGUCGCCUAAAUUAAAUCUCACUCGGUGCAGAUUUUCACUCGGUCAGUCACGAGCGGACUUGCGUUGGAAGCGGAACUGGCUCUGCACAUCGAUCGUGUGUCCAUUUAGUCCGCCGGAAAAUUUGCUGCUCUCUUUUUAUAUCCAAGUCUCCCGCUUUUACGUUUUUUUUUCUUUUUCUCUUCAUCUUCCUUUUGUCUUCUUCUUUUUUUUUUGAUACCUCUGUGAAUCGCUGAGCCCCGAGAAGAAACCAAGGUGAAGUGAACGUGAGUGUCGUGCGUAGGAUCGGGCUAGGACCAUUACAAAUCGUUUUUUCCGGUUAAAAACGGAAAAAUUCGGCCGAUAAUGAUCUUUGUGCGCUCAAAAUGGUCAUCAAUUUCGCUGGUGUGUUUCCUAUUGGCGUUCACUGCAUUUCCGGGUUGUGUAUCUGGUGCCAAGAGUAAAAGUGGCAGUGAUGCCCCAAAGGUGCAAGCCCCAGUGGAUCCUGUUAUUGAGGAAGUCACAGCCAAGCAAUUGGAGCGGAUUCUGCAGGAGAAGGAUUAUGUGGCCGUAUACUGGUGUAAGUGUGUGAUAUGUGAUCACUUUGUGCCUUGGCAUACGCUCAACGGAAGCCAUUUUGGAUUAAUACCAGAACAGAGAAAAGUGUCUCGAAAACCCGUGAAAAAGUCUCUCAAGUGCUCCUAGAUUCUCUCCAAUUACAUAAGUGGCCAAAUGGGAAUAAAUUCCACAUUAUAUCCUCUGCACCAGAAACCUCGUUAUUAUAGAACUACUCUUUUGGAGGGCAUAUUUUUCACUCAUCAAAGGCCCUUCACUGUAAUUUGCAAUCGGCCAAGUCGAUCACGAGAAAGUUUGAAGAUGAUCGUAUGGUGAUCGAGUUCGAAAAUAGAUCAACUAUCCCCAUAAAUCCAUAUGGAUUCCUCAUUUGUCGUCUGGCACAAACAUUCAAAAUCCACGAUUGACAUUACAGAAAUUAUUGUGCAACAAAAAAUUGCAAUUUUCUGCAUCAUCAAAAAUCCUGAUGAAGUGAUCUUCAGAUAUGAUCUUCCUCUCAAUUUUUCCCUCAUAACCUUCCCAAUUAAUGCAUGUGGUAAUAAAUUGAGGCAGGAACACAUCGCUUCAGACUAUUGAAUUUCAAAAUGAUCAUGAAGUUCUCCAAGCUCAAAAAGAUCACCAAUCGUCAUUCCUUUGCCAACGAUCUUUUGGGUGAAUUUUGAGGAAAUUUCUUUAAUCCUCAUGAAUGUGUCUUUAUUUUUAGAAUCCACACAUUUCUCUCACUCAUGUGAAAGUUAAAAGUAUUUAUCAGCCUUUUAGUCAAUCUACUUCUAGUUCACGAUCAUUUGACACGAUCACACCCAAGGUAUUUCCAGUAAGGUUUCCCAAAAAAAAUCAGCAAAAUAUUGAGGAAUUUUCACGUCAAAGCAUAACUUAAGUUUGCGCGUGUAAUCUCCAAGAAGGAACAUACUCACCUAAAAUUAGCAUAAACUUCUCUCUCACUCUCUCUCCCACAUUCUUAGAUGAUCUUCACCAUCACCGAUCUGUGGGUUUCAAUUGUACAUAAUGUACGACCAGUUGGAGAAAUAGUUUGAAAGAUAAAGUUUUUUCAACUAAAAAUACCCAUUCACUGAGUAUUUGCAGAUGGCUCACUAAGAGCGUCAAAAGGCAUAUGAUCACAAAAUUACCUAAAGAUAUAGUGCACGCACAUCCUCUCAAAUUGCAAAAUGACCAAAUGGAAUUCGAAUAAUCAAAGGAAAUUUUUUUCUUUAUCAUUUGUCCCAGAUGUUGCAAUAAUCUUCUCUCUAAAAACAUCCAACUAUCAUGUUGGUUGCACACAUUUCAAUCUCACCAAUGCACCAGACAAAUUCAGACAACAAACUUGUCGUUAUUCGAAUCUCAAAAUGAGACUCAACAUAUUUUGGCAACCAGUCCUUCGAUCAACAAUAAUCUCAUGUACUGCACAUGAGCACAAACGCAUUUUAAGAGAGUACAUACCGUACAUACAUAAUUCUCAGAAUACUUUAAAAUAAUUGCAAGAUAAAUGAGGUGGUGCAACAACAUUGUAUGGAUAAGCGUUACUAAAUAAUUUGUAUAUAUAUAGGGAAAGAUUCAUAAUUUGCAAAAUUUGAUAGUCUUUAUUUGUCUUCAUUUUCUGUUACUGCAAUUGUGCGAAAAACAUACUUGGUAUGCGUUUUAUUUAGAGCGAAUUAGGAUGAUCAUUAGUCAAAGUGUAGUGAACUUCAAAAAAUAAUUUUUAGUACCUACAAAUUAUUCAAGUAGAAAUUAUGUAGAUAUACAUCACUUACGAUCUUUGAUUUAGUCAUUAGACUCGACAAUGUGAAACAAAUCUUGCUUUCAUGAUCAGUUCUUGCCGUUAAGAAAGUUUUUAAGUGUGAUCAUCUCCUCUUUAGGGCGCAACACCCUCUAGUGGGAAUAGCACAAAUAAAUACUGUUACAGCCUGGAAAGUUCAGUUAUGUCUCCGCAUCACACCAUGAAAUUUCUCAUUAAAUUUUAAUGUAAUUGCCAUUAAUUCUUGCCAAUAUGUCUUUAUGUGGAAUUUUCAAAGAAUUUUCAAAAAACUAUUUUAUUUAGUGAUAAAAAGAUGAACUUGGGCCACAAAAUUUAUUUGUGGACCCAAGAAUUACUGGACACAAGAUUUUUUUUGAUUUUUAAAAAAAAAUAUAAAA